GCGGUCUGUCCGGUGGGGGCGUGGCCGGAAGGGGCGGGCGACGGCCGGAAGCGGAAGCGUCAGGCGGAGGAUGGAGGUGGCGGCGGGCGGGAGGGUGCUGCUGGAGCUGCCGGGGGUCUCCAUCCCCACCGGGCUCCACCCCGCCCCCCCCCGCGAGGGGCUGCUGCAGGGACGGCUGCGCGUGCUGCAGGGGCCAAAGGACGUGGUGCUGGAGUGGGAACCUCUGGAAGAACUGUGGGACCCCCCCGAUGACGCGCCACCCCCCGAGGAGGAGCCCCCAGACCCCGGCUUCGAGCCCGACUGGGCGGUGCUGAGCCCCCCCCGCGCCCCCCCCCGGCCCCCCGGCUGGCGGGGGGGGUUCCGCCUGGAGCUGGGGGAAGUGGGGGGGCUGCGGCGGAGCCCCCCCGGGUUGCACCGACCCUUCCUGGUGCUGCUGCCGCGGGGGGGGCCCUGCCCCCCCCCCUUGCAUUUCCCACGGGGGGGGCCCCGAAAGCUGCUGCGGCUCUUGGGGACCCGCCUGCGCCCGAGCCCACGGGACCCCCGGCUGCUGCUGGUGACCCCCCCCGAGGGGCCCGACCCCCCCCCGCAACCCCCGUCCCCCGGCCUCGUCACCCGGCUGCUGCAGGGUCCCUACGCCGCCACCUUGGGGGGGCUGAGCCGCCUGGUGGGGGGGGGCAGAGGCCACGCCCCCCCCCCCUGCGCGCGGGGGGCGGAGCCAGAGCUGGAGCCGGAGCCACCCUUUGAGGUCAUCGCCUGCGUGAGGCUGGGGCCCCGCCCCUCCCCCCCGCGGGGACCGCCGGUGACGUCAGAGGAGUGGGGGCGGAGCCACGACGCCGAGGGGCGGAGCCUGGACCCGGAAGGGCUGCGGCAACGCCUUUUCCGGGGGGGGCUGAGCCCCGAGGUGCGGCCCGAGGGCUGGCGGCGGCUGCUGGGGCUGCUGCCGUGGGGGGGGGCGGCCUCCGACCCCCCCGAGCGCGACUGGAGGGCCGACUAUUUCCGCAUGAAGCUGCAGUGGGUGUCGCUCAGCCCCGGGCAGCAGCGCAGGAACAGCCCCUUCCGCCGCUACCGCCGCCGCCUGGAGCGGGACCUGGCCCGGUGUCACCCCCACGCCCCCGCGGCCGAGCGGCGGCUGCUGCGCGACGUGCUGCUGACCCACUGCAUGUUCCACUUCGACCUGGGGUACGUGCGGGGGAUGAGCGAGGUGCUGGGGCCCCUCCUCAGCGUCGCCCCCGACGAGGUCGAAGCCUUUUGGGGCUUCUCCCGCCUCAUGGAGCUGGUGGGAAGCAAUUUCGGGCCGGGCCGGGAGGGGCUGAAGCGGCAACUGGGGCAACUGGGGCAACUGGUGCGAGUGGUGGACCCCGAGCUCUACCCCCGCCUGGAGGCCGAGGGCACCCGCGGGUGCUGCCGCCGCUGGCUCCAGCUGCGCUUCCAGCCCCCCCUGGGACUGCAGGGGACACUGCGCCUCUGGGAGGUGCUGUGGACGGGGCUGCCCUGCCCCAACUUCCACCUGCUGCUGGUCUGCGCCCUCCUGGAGAUGGCGGGGGACGGGGGGGACGUUGGGGACAUCGGGGACACCGGAGACGUGGGGGACACCGGGGACAUUGGGGACAUUGGAGACAUUGGGGACACCGGUGAGGACUGGGACACGGACAGCGACGAGGACAGCGAUGACUGGGACGAGCCCCCCCCCGGGCGGAGGCCGGCGCUGGAGGCGGGGGAGGUGCUGACCCGCGCCGAGGGGCUCUUCCUGCAGCUGGCGGCCGCCCCCGACCUGCCCCCGGCCCUGCAGGAGCUGCUGGGACUGGGGGGGCCCCCCCCGAGCCCCCCCCCGGGGCCCCCCCCGGAGCUGCCGCAACCCCCCAGCGCCGGGGACCCCCCCCCAGCACCCUAAACUGGGAAUUGGGGGGGUCCCGCAUGCCUGGGCCCCCCCUCCCCAGUCGGCGACGGCCGGGGGGGCCC